UGUGACAAUAUCACGUGACCAUCGGUGCCCGUGGAAUUUAUAUCAAUUUCGGAGUGGCUGUCGGUAAGCUGUGGAAGUAAAAUCGAUGAUUUUGUCUAAAAAAAGAAUCAAAAUUAUAAACGGAAAUUAAAUUUUAGAAGAAUGGCAACUUUAGAACUUGAUCCAUUAUUUACAAAAGCAUUGAGACUUUUACAUUCCAAGGCUAAAGAUUCAUCCGAACAGUUAAGACUACUUCUAGACGAUGUAUUAGCACAGAAACAAAAUGUAGCAGUCAUAAGCAAUACAAAUAAAGAUUCUAGAAGUGUAUUUGGACCACCAAAACAGGAAGACAAUGGUAGCAGAUUAUCAUUUUCUAGAAAAUCAUCACCAAACUAUGCAUCAGAAAAUGGGAAUUCGAGUAAUAAGGUUUUAAUGCAAGAAGAUAUCAAAAAAGAAGAGAAAAGAAAAACAGAAAAAAUAAAACAAGAACCAAUUGAAUUUUCUUUUGAAAGUAAACGUCCUAAAACUGAAUCACCACAACAUUCGUUACCAUCAUCACCUAGUCCACAACCCAUUAAAUUAGAAUUAGCCCCACCUAAAAUAGAUGAUGAUUCUGAAAAUAGUGAAGGAAAUGCUGAUGCUGAUAACAUUGCAAUGGAAAUGGGAUUAGCUUGUAUUGUGUGCAAACAAAUUGAUAUUGCUCUAGGAAAUAGUUUAGUAGAAUGUCAAGAAUGCCACAGCUUAUAUCAUCAAGAAUGCCAUCGUCCACCAGUUAGUGAUCAGGAUAUAAAUGAUCCAAGACAUGUUUGGUAUUGUACACGAUGCACAAAGAACAUGAAAAAAAUGUUUCCUUCACAGGCUAGCAAGACUCAGAAGUCAUCAAAAGUUUCUAGUAAUGUAGCAGUAAAAGAGCCAGUUACUACUUUCAGAAGUAUUAAACCUGAAGCACCACCUCCAACACUUUUGCCAUUUAAAAGAGUUGAACCAAGAGUUCCUGCUAGUCAAAGUAGUGGACUUGCAUCUGAAAAUAAACCAAUUGGAUUAGCUGGUUUAGCUGCUAAUUUAAGUGGAAGAACUAUAACAGCUGCAUCUUCAGUUACAACAAAAUCUGGAAUUGCUUCAAAGUCUGGAAAUAGUGGAAGUUCAUUAUUAUCUGGAAAAUCAUUCAGUGCAUUUUCAGCUCUCUCAUCUCUUGCUAGUACUCGAGUAACUUCUAAUACUACUCCAUCAAAAGCAACAAGUAGUAAUGCAAUUAGUGGACUUUCCUCUUUAGCCUCAAUUGCCUCUGCAGUUAGCAAAGCUGGAAAUUCUACUUCUACUUCUCAAUCAAAACUUGGAUUGGGAACACUUAGUUCAACUACUGCAUCCACAUCAAAUAGAAUUAAUUCUAGUAGUGGAAAUAAUGGUAACAGUUCUGUUGGAAGUGUUAAAUCUGCAAGUUCUAGUUCUUUAAUGUCUGCAGAUAAAAGAUUACAAAUAAUGAAAAAAAAGGCUGCAGCAAAAAUGCAAGAAAAAAGACGAUUAUCAUCAAAAUAACUUUUAAUAAACUCCUCUUCAAUCUGUGUAUAAAGAACUAAAUAUAGGAUUGUUUUGAUGGGACUCAUGUAUUUUCAAGGAAACAUCCAUUAAGUUGUUGGGCAUCAUGUAUGUUAUCCAUUUUUGGAGGUGUUAUAUUAUCAAACUUCCUAUUAGGUGAACCUGUUCUUGCACCUUUCAAAAGU